AUGUCUUACCAAGAGCAGCAGUGCAAGCAGCCCUGCCAGCCUCCUCCUGUGUGCCCACCCACAAAGUGCCCUGAGCCUUGUCCUCCCCCAAAGUGCCCAGAGCCUUGUCCUCCUCCAAAGUGCCCAGAGCCAUGCCCCCCUCAGCCAUGCCAGCAGAAAUGCCCUCCUGUGCAACCCCCUACACCCUGCCAGCAGAAGUGCCCACCCAAGAGCAAGUGA